AUGGCCCGCACUGUUCUCGCUCUCGUCGCCCUCGCCGCCCUCGGCGCCGCCGUCGGGGCUCAAGUCUGCGACGACAUGCUCAAAUGCGAUCACGUCCACUCGGGCGGCAGCCGGGCGAGCGUCGCGGCCAACAAGGAGUGCAAGAAGCAGGCCGAAAAGGUCUGCCUCGCUGAGGCCAAGCAGAACCGCCUCGACUGCAUCGAAGCCUGCGAGGAGGAGUUCGAGGCGGUGCGCGAGCAGUGCCGCAUCGAGUGCAACGAUGUCGCCAACGCCGGCACGGGCGGCUUCUUCUCGCGCGUCUUCCCCUCGCGCGUGCAGAUCGCAGGGGCCGCGUUGCACCCCAGCCUCUGGUGCAUCCUCGCCGGCGCCGUCCUGCGCCUCUACGCGCUUGUCCUCCACUGGGGGGCGUUGGCCGCGCAGAUCCAGUUCUACGCCGGGUCGCUCAUGCUCCUCGGCGCGGUCCUCGCGGGCUUCGAGGCCGCCCAGGGCAACCCCCUCUGGGGCUGA